CUUUCAACUCAUAUAUGCGCAAAGUUAAAGAUAGUCUUAGACAGUUUCUUUGCAUCGGUUAAAUAGUUGCAUUUGCGUGCGUCGUUUAGCACACAACACAGACUGAAAUAACGUAUACUGUAAAACUGUAGGCUAAAAAAAAGCUGCUGUGUAAUUUUCAGUCUAACCGCGUGGGAAUCUGUUACUAGCUCUUCUGUGCUAGCUGAGGUGUAACGUUAAGUGGAAACACAUCCGACACGAGGAGAUAGAAAAUGCCACCAAAAGGAAAGGGUGGCAAAGGCGCUAAAGGGGCUGCUGCUUCAGGCAGUGGGGACAGUGAUAAGAAGGAGAAGGCUCAGAAAGGUGGUACAGCUGUAAAGGUUCGGCAUAUUCUGUGUGAAAAGCAUGGCAAGUGUAUGGAAGCAAUGGAGAAACUCAAGUCUGGCAUGCGCUUCAGUGAGGUGGCAGCACAAUACAGUGAGGACAAAGCCAGACAUGGAGGUGACCUUGGCUGGAUGACAAGAGGAUCAAUGGUGGGACCAUUUCAGGAUGCAGCAUUUGCACUACCCAUCAGCACUAUGGACAAACCUGUAUACACCGAUCCUCCUGUGAAAACAAAGUUCGGUUACCACAUCAUCAUGGUUGAAGGCAAAAAGUAAAUGGACUGAACAGCUUUUGCAUUUGAUUAAUCUACAACACAGCAUUUUGCAGUCAUGGAUAUUGGUUUUUUUUAAUAUGACCAUGUGAAUAGCAGCCAAUAAAAUUUAUCUUAAUGAGCAAACUGUUUUGAUUAAUGUUUUUUUUCCUCACAAAUUUUG